AUGCUCUCAUUCGAGAUCAUGCCUCUAGAGCCCCUCGGUGCCGAGUUCCCACUGGGAGUCCUCGACCGAGUCCCUCUUGUCUCAACCGUCUCCUUCACUCAUCUAACCGGUAACUCGACCCAGCUCACUCCUCCCAGCAUGAACUCCCUCGUGAAGCAAGCCUCCAGCUACGGAGAGAACUUGCCCCGAGUUCCAGCCUCAUCGUCUCGAACCCCCUUGGCUAGGGUGGCCUCGAGGAUGUUCACCCCGGAGAGCAGCGUGUUGAAGGGACUGGCUGAGAGCUCCUCGGUUGAAACUUCCAUCACCUCCACACCCUGUCCUGUCACGAAGUCCAUCCUAAAACCCUCUACUCGUGGCAUUUCCAUCAAAAAUACUACCACUUUGGCUCCGGUUGAGCAGACCAGACCUUCCACUGGCAUGCCUGUGAGCUUCUCUGUUAAGGGUUCCACCAGCUCAGCCGUCCAUCCUUCGAUGAAGCAUCUUGAGAUGAAGGUUCAUUCGAAUCAUCUCCGGUAUUCCUCCAUGACUACAUCUCCUAUGCCUGCUGAACGCACUGGACCGAAAGAAAAGUCUGUAACAUUCGAGGAUUGCCCAUGUGGGGAACAAGAUUGCAUCCUCCGACGUCCACGAAUUACCACCGCUCCUACGACCGAUGGAAAUGCCGAACGAAAAAGCAAGGCGAUGGUCUUCGAGGGUUGGCCGUUUGAGCAGGACAAUUCCACCCUUCAAACCCCACCAAUGAACACCUCUCUCACGCCUGAUUCAUCAAAGUCAGCAGUACCCGAUCCAAGGAAUACGCAAGAUGAUCCGAAUCCGAAUGGGAAACGACCAAGCGCGCAGGGUUGGUUCAUGACUACCCUCAGCAACAAACCAGUCGGCUAUGAUUUCAUCAAAUCCUGUCGUGAUAUACGGGCCCAGCCCGAUAACAAAUAUGCCGUUGAAGGAUGGGCGAUCCGAGAGGGAUCACUUGUCAUUGGAAUUAGUCCCUCCCAUGUUGUCCCCACCGGCGAGCAGUACUUGGAUCAGCUUGAGUUGAAGGAGGGGAAGUUUUACAUGGUUGAACACAUCUACAGUGACAUGUGGGCUUUCUGCGUGGAGUUUUCUACAAUCAAGCCUCAUCAGGGCCGCAUCGCAGGUGCCCCUAAUGAGGUAGUUGGACUUGGAUUCGUUCCGCUGUGUGCGGUUACACUUGCAGCCAACUACAGCUCAUUCCUCGAGCGCUGCCGGGAAUAUCAAAAGAACCCAUACAAGAUGCCACUCACUCCUACAAAUGGCGGACGUAUGCUACCUCCAGUCCGCAUCCAAAGUCUGGCUGUUAGCCGGGAAAUGGAUUUGAUGAUCAUGAAGGGUCAGAACGACUUCAACUCGAAAAAGGCCUUCAAUAUCUGUGAAAAAUUCAGACCGAUUGGCGAGGGAGAGCCUGAAUAUGAACCAAGUGACAGAAUUGGCAAGAUGAAGUCCUUCAUCAAGGCCCCGCACCGGGCUUGGAAAAAGCUUACCUCCAAGAAGCUGCAUAUCAAGGGCAGCUGGGUUGGUCCGGACGCAGUUCCUCUGCGGCCUGAGCCCCGUCCUCGCAAGAAAUUGAUCAAAACGCUGCAUCGAUCCCUUGAUAUUACCGGAGGUGUCAAGCGGUUGUGUGACCGGAUCCGUGGAACUUGA